CUUUCUGAAAAUGGCGGCGAGGAGAGAAGCUGCGACGACAUCCGCGGCUGCGGCGGCCGCUCAGCUCGAGUCUCCCGUCAAACAGGUUCAGAUCGACGGGCUGGUUGUGCUGAAGAUCAUCAAACAUUUCCAGGAGGAGGGUCAAGGCAGUGAAGUAGUUCAAGGAGUGCUUUUGGGGCUAGUAGUUGAUGAUCGUCUUGAAAUUACCAACUGCUUCCCUUUCCCUCAGCACACAGAAGAGGAUGCUGACUUUGACGAAGUUCAAUACCAAAUGGAAAUGAUGAGAAGCCUCCGCCACGUCAACAUCGACCAUCUCCACGUUGGCUGGUACCAGUCAACUUAUUAUGGUUCAUUUGUCAGCCGAGCCCUGCUGGACUCCCAGUUUAGCUACCAACAUGCAAUUGAAGAGUCCGUGGUUCUCAUAUAUGAUCCUAUUAAAACAGCUCACGGCUCUCUUUCACUGAAGGCAUACAGAUUGACCCCCAAAUUGAUGGAAGUUUGUAAAGAGAAGGAUUUCACUCCUGAAGGAAUAAAGAAGGCACUCAUUACCUCUGAGAACAUGUUUGAAGAAGUGCCCAUCAUUAUCAAGAAUUCUCACCUUGUCAACGUGCUGAUGUGGGAACUGGAGGAAAAAUCUAGCGUGGCUGAGAAACAGGAGCUCCUCAAUCUAGCUAGUGGAAACCACCUGGAGAAGAACCUCCAGCUCUUAAUGGACCGAGUGGAUGAAAUGAGCCAAGAUAUCAUUAAAUACAACACUUACAUGAGAAAUCUGACCAAACAGCAGCAACAGAAGCAACAAUAUCUGCACAGGCGCCAACUGGAGAAUACCCAGAGACAAAGCCGCGGAGAACCAUCACUACCAGAGGAGGAUAUGAGCAAGUUAUUCAAACCACCUCAGCCACCACCAAGGCUUGAAACUCUCCUUGUCGCAGGACAAAUCAACACCUACUGCCAGCGGAUCAAGGAGUUCACAGCACAGAGUAUGGGCAAAUUAUUCAUGGCUGAAGCUCUUCAGGGUCACAACAGCUAAAGUCCCAGUUGGGUGUGCUCUAGCUUCAUGGUCCUUUCAGAUCCAACAAAACCCCAUUCUUGAAAACCAGUCUAAUCUUUGUAUAAAUUGGGUUUUACACAUUUUUGAACCAAAUAUUUAAAGAUUUGGGUUACCUCAAUUUGUGUAGCCCAAAUGAAAAUAAAUACGAAUUUGGAAACC